AUGGAGCCGCUAACCCAUGUGACAUGGUUCGACCAAUCCGAGAGGAAAAAACUGGAAAGAAAGAAGAUCGAGAUCCAGGAUGCGUUUUAUCGGUUGAAGAAAUCGAUGGGGACGGUAGCAGUAGAAUAUGAAGUGUGCUACCAUCUUCUGAUUCGGGUCCGUUUUUUUUUAAAUUCAUUUUUUCGGUAUGAAAGCGCAGUGAGGCAUUUAAAAACUGGUUUCAUAUUGCAAAAAUUUCGCGUUGAAAGGAUUUUUGUUCAAUUCUGCUCCAUUUAUACCUUAUGGGUGGUAUGAAAAAAACACCAGCGAAAAUUGAAACGGCGACUUUUCCGAUUUUUUCAUAUCGCUAGGGAACUUUCCGACGGCCACCUUUCCGACGAAAUUUUUUCCGACUUUUUUCCCUUAUAUUUUUCGGUUUAUAAGACAUCUAUUUACACUUUUUCCUAUUUUUUUGUGUUUUAAUCAUGAACCAACUACCUACUUUAUAUAGGAAAUUUAAAAACGAAUAUUUUAUCGAGAAAAAAAAGUCGGAAAGGGAUUCGUCGGAAAGGUGGCCGUCGGAAAGUUCCCUAGCGAUAUGAAAAAAUCGGAAAAGUCGCCAUUUGAAUUUUCGCUGGUGUUUUUUUCAUACCACCACCUUAUGAGCCAUUCCGAAAAAUAUAUGUGCAUUUAGCGUCCUUCAGUGUCUACUUAAAAAUAAAUAAUCGUCAGGGAUGCGCCUAAAGAAUAUAAUUUUUUUGAUGGAAAUUUCAUUUUAGGGUAAAGUACCGACGAAAGAAGAUGAAAUUUGGCCAAAAAUCAAUUUUUUACUGGUACGUCAACCGAUGGCUUACGAUAUUCAACGUCAAUCUCGCUUCGCAAAAGAAGCAAACGUAACCGAAAUUGGUCCAAAGGUUUGA